ACUCACGUACCGGCCUGUACUGUUGUAAACAUGGAGCUGCACUGUGACAUGGUAAGCACUCACGUACCGGCCUGUACUGUUGUAAACAUGGAGCUGCACUGUGACAUGGUAAGGACUCACGUACCGGCCUGUACUGUUGUAAACAUGGAGCUGCACUGUGACAUGGUAAGGACUCAAGUACCGGCCUGUACUGUUGUAAACAUGGACCUGCACUGUGACAUGGUAAGCACUCACAUACCGGCCUGUACUGUUGUAAACAUGGACCUGCACUGUGACAUGGUAAGCACUCACGUACCGGCCUGUACUGUUGUAAACAUGGACCUGCACUGUGACAUGGUAAGCACUCACAUACCGGCCUGUACUGUUGUAAACAUGGAGCUGCACUGUGACAUGGUCCCAAAAACGUGCGAGAACUUCCUGAAGCACUGUCAGAACAAGUACUACAAGGGAACCCAGUUCCACCGGAGCAUCAGGAACUUCAUGAUCCAGGGAGGGGACCCCACAGCUACAGGAAAGGGAGGGGAGUCCAUCUGGGGCAAACCAUUCAAGGAUGAGUUCAAACCGAACCUGACCCACACAGGCCGGGGGGUACUGAGCAUGGCCAACUCUGGGCCAAACACAAACAAGUCUCAGUUUUUCAUCACGUACCGGUCCUGUAACCACCUUGACCGUAAGCACACGGUGUUUGGGAGGGUGGUGGGAGGACUGGACACUCUUACUGCCAUGGAGAAGGUGGAGUGUGAUUCCACAGACAAGCCACAGGAGGACAUCCUGAUUACAGACACCCUGGUGUUUGUCGACCCCUACGAGGAGGCAGAAACACUGCUUGCUGCGGAGAGAAGGAAGCAGCAGGCAGCUGAGGAGGAGGAGAGAAAGUCUUACCUGAACAUUCCUGUUAAGAGGAAGAAGGAGGAGGGACCGAAGGUCUUCAAGACUGGCGUCGGGAAGUACAUCAACAUGGCAAGUGCCAGUGCCAGUGCCAGUACCAGUACCAGUAGUGCAGACCCAGGGACCAGCAAACAGACAGACACCGCGUACACUGCCACGCCGCCCAAGAAAAAGGUCAAGUCAUCGUCCAAACUCACAGACUUCAGCGCAUGGUAGCCUGGUACCAGCCUCGGAAAUAAUGCCUUGAACUCAGCUUUUAAGUCAUCUUCAAAAUUUUAAGGAAUUGAAAAAAAUGCCACAGUUCAACUUUUUGUUGUUGUUGGCACAAAGAUUUGCUCCAAAUAGGAAUAAAUGGGGACCUAUAAUAAUUGUAAUCUCCAAGCAGAUCCUACGGUAGCAUAAGAUAGUAACAAAAGCUGGCAGAGGAAUGAAGCCGGCCUAGGAGUGUGUUUCGCUCCUGCCAGCUUUUGAUACUAUUUUAUACCACCGUAGGAUCUGCUUGGAGAAUAUGAUAAUCAUUUUGGUCAGACUCAGGCCAAGUCAUUCUUGACAAAAUCAUGUUCUACUGUGAAUAUGUAGCUGCAGGUUAGUUCAUUAUUUUACUGUGUAUCACUAUUAAAGCACUGAUAGCUAGGUUUUCGUCUGUAGUUCACCAAUCAAAAAUAAUGUGAUUGUGUAUAUACUUAUUUCCAUUAAAAACCUUUAAAAGAUGUUA